UUUUAGAAAUUAAUGGAUGUCACUAAUUUUACAUAUUUCACACUGACAGGUCAUGUGGAUUUACAGAAUUACAGAUAUGUUUAUUUUUUAAUGACUCUUUGUGUGUACAUACUGAUAAUUGUAUUUAAUACUGUUGUAUUUUAUUUAAUAUUAAUGAACAAACAUCUUCAUGAGCCCAUGUACAUUUUCAUUGCUGCGUUGCUUUGUAAUGCUCUAUUUGGAGCAACUGUUCUUUGUCCCAAACUGCUUAUUGAUUUACUGUCUGAAAAACAAAUUGCUUCCUACCAUGGCUGUUUAUUUCAGGUUUUAUUUGUUUACUGGUAUGCUGGUACAGAGUUCACAUUGUUAUCCGCCAUGGCCUAUGACAGAUAUGUGUCCAUCUGUAAACCAUUACAUUAUACAACUCUUGUGAAAAUGACCACUGUGAAAAUACUUAUUUUUUUAUCAUGGUGUUUGCCUUGUUGUGAACUUGGUGUAGGAAUAAUAGCAAUAUACCAACUUCAGCUGUGUAAAUUUAGACUAAACCGAAUAUACUGUGAUAGUUACUCCAUUCUUAAAUUAAGUUGUAAAGAAACAUCUGCAAACAGCUCCUAUGGACUUUUUGUUUUCAGCAUUGGAGUGUUUCCUCCAGUGACUUUCAUAUUCUACUCCUAUGUCAGGAUCCUCUCUGUUUGCUUAAAAAAUUCUAGAGAUUUCAGAAAGAAAGCCCUACAGACCUGUUUACCACAUAUUUUCAUUUUUAUAAUUUUUUUUGUCAACAUUUGUUUUGAAGUUCUUUAUAGCAGACUAGAAUCAAAUCAGAUUCCCCACAUUAUUGCCAUGAUUAUGUCAGUUGAAUAUUUACUAAUCCCUCCACUGUUUAAUCCUGUAAUAUAUGGUUUAAAACUGAAGGAAAUUUCAAAAAGCAUCAAGAAAUUGAUUUCAAGGAAAAAAUGGACAGGGAUUUCUUUUUAG